UAUGUUACACGGCGCUAGUUAGCUUCCACACUUAUUGAAACCCUCUAAAAAACAGAACGUGGGGCAACAAGAGGAAUCUCCAAUACACAGAUCGUUGCCAUGCCACCGCCGCAGCAACUCCCGGUUUCACCGCGGUUUUCCACCAGCACACCGGAAGAAUACAUCGACUCUCUCCUCGCCUUCUGGACAACAUCUCCUCUCCUCCAAACGCUCUGCGGCGGCAUCCAUAUCCUCGACUUCUUCACGCGCGACUCCGAGUCAACGGACGGUCCUAAGGACAUUUACCAUACUGUGUUUCCUGCAGAUUGGAUCUCAUGGUUCGCCGCACAGUCCCUGGACACAGUCCUCGACUUAUUCCUGCGCACGCCGAUCGACGAGUUCACGACUGAUGUUCCGGAAACGUUGAAGACGUAUAUUCGGGAAGUGCGCGAGCACAUGUUGCAGCGCGGGUUCGUGCGCAGGGAGAAGAGCGAGCAGACGAUCAGAGCUAUUGGGCGUGGAACUGAGCGCGCACUCAACGCUGGGAUGAAACCAAAGAAGAUACAUGAGGUUGAGAACUUUGCGGCGUACUUGGAUGACUUGGUGCGAGAUGUGGAGACGGAUACCGAUGCCGGAGAAUACGCGAUCAGCCAUGUCAUUGAUUAUGGCUCUGGACAGGCGUAUCUCUCCCGAACGGUGGCCAAGAAGUACGGACACAAUGUCGUUGGCAUCGAGUCGAGGACGGUCAAUAUCGACGGCGCGAAAUCGCUGGAUACACUGUAUGACCGGAUCGUGCAGAGGAAGCUGAAGAAGCAGGCGCACGAAUGUGCAGACGGCGAAUGCGUGGAUGAUCACAAGGUUGGAAGCUUGCAGUAUGUGCAGACCUUCAUAUCGGACGGCAAUAUCGACGUGGUAGUCGAUGCCAUCCCCGAUAUCCCCGGCGACUCUGGCUCCUCGACGCCGAAGUCCCUUCUCCUAACCUCGCUCCACUCCUGCGGAAACCUCGUCCACCACGCCCUCUCCGCUUUUCGCAACACCCCUUCGGUCCGCGCCGUCGCCCUGAUUGGGUGCUGCUACAACCUGUUGACAGAGAAACGCGGCGCCUCCUUCAAGCCUCCCUACCUCCGCAACCCCCAUCCACGGCUGGUCGCAACCGCCACCGCCGGCGAUCCCCAGGGCUUUCCCGUCUCCGCCACACUCACGGAGAGAGAUACCAAGCUCAACAUCACCGCACGGUCGAUGGCCUGCCAGGCACCCGCCAACUGGACCGCAGCAACAUGUGCCGAUUUCUUCGAACGCCACUUCUAUCGUGCCCUGCUGCAGCGCAUCUUUAUCGACCGGGGCCUAAUAGACCCACUCAGCACCGAGAACGAACCCAUCGUCAUCGGCUCGCUCAAGAAGGGGAGUUUUGAUUCCUUCCCGGCAUACAUCGCCGCGGCGGUGAAGAAGCUUGGCUGGGAGGAUCGAAUCACUGUUACUGAAGAGGAGGCGACGGAAUACAUGCGGAAAUUUGAACAUAGGAAGAAGGAACUGAGCGUGGUAUGGAGCUUGAUGGCGUACUCGGCGGGGAUAUGCGAGAGUAUCAUUGUUGCCGAUAGGUGGUUGUUUCUCCGAGAGAUGGGAUGCAAGCAGGCUUGGGUGGAGGCGGCGUUCGAUCAUGCGGAGAGUCCGAGGAACUUUGUGAUCGUUGGUAUACGCUAGAGAGGAAUAGAUGAGGAUAGCAAAGUGUGGUGGCUCUUGCGGAUUCCAUCUGAUUCGCAUCCCUUGAUCUCAAGUCUUUUGCGGUGAUGUGAGCCUUUGUUGUCUACCGUGGAACUGGG